AGAUCUUUAGUAGUAAUAUUUCUACAGUAACAAUUUUACUUCAAAUUUGUAUUUAAUAGUCAAAUUCUGAUUAAAAUAUGGUCAAAGGCAAGCGAUUUGUUUUGGAAAAGACUUUUGAAGGAUUUCCAAAAGAAAGUGAUUUCAAACUCGAAGAAUAUGAGUUGGCAUCCAUUAACGAAGGAGAGUUUUUGGCAGAAGCUGUCUAUCUUAGUGUCGAUCCGUAUAUGAGGGCCAAAGCAUCUAGUUGGUCUAUGGUUGGUAAAACUAUGACAGGAUCUCAAGUUGCCAAAAACACAUCUUACUUUGGAUUUCUUGAGUUGUGUCAACCAAAACCAGGUGAAACUGUUGUUGUAUCCGGAGCUGCAGGAGCUGUUGGUAGCCAUGUCGGUCAAAUUGCAAAAAUUAAAGGUUGUACGGUUAUAGGAAUCGCAGGAUCAGACGAAAAAGGAAAAUGGUUAACGAAAGAGCUUGGAUUCGACCAUUUUAUCAAUUACAAAACAGCUAACAUAGCUGAAGAAUUGAAGAAAGCUGCUCCCAAUGGAGUGGACUGUUAUUUUGAUAAUGUUGGUGGAGAAGUUAGUUCAAUAGUAAUAUUCCAAAUGAAUCUUUAUGGCAGAAUCUCUGUUUGUGGAUCAAUUUCAAGUUACAACGAGUCUGAAAGGGCACUUGCUCCCAUGCUUCAACGAGGAUUUGCAGGUAAACAACUUAAAAUGGAAGGAUUUAUGGUUCAUAGAUGGAACAACAGGUUUAUGGAAGGAGUUAAACAGAACUUGGAAUGGAUCAAAGAGGGCAAACUCAAAUACCAAGAAACCGUCACUAAAGGUUUCGAAAACAUGGUGAAAGCUUUUAUAGGAAUGUUAAAAGGAGAAAACGUGGGAAAGGCUAUUGUAAAAGCUUAAUAAGCUAUUGUAAUUUAAUUUUUUUAUAUUGUGUAUUCUAAAUAAAACCUUUUAU